ACGAACACUACGAACUCCACGUUUUGGACUCUUCAACGUCUCAUAUGCAAAACUGAACUUCGUCCGGAAAAAAAAAUUGCUUCCCACUCCGAUCAUAAACCAAAACAGAGCUAGCAUCUGGAAACCUACACGAAACCUCCCUACAAGACAGAUAUUGAUCGAAAAAAAAGAAAUCAGAGUCGGGGCAGGGGCAUGCAAUGGCGCCUAUGGAAAGAUGGAAAGAAGAUUGAAGAGGUUUGACUAUUACCUGAGGCGGCGGCCCGAGCGAAGACAAGAUCGGCUGAAAUCAACUGCCAACGACGAGUUCGGAGGAGCAGAGGACGGCAGCGGCGAUGUGGGAGGAUCGGAGGUCGGCGAAGAGGUUGAGGGGAGCGGAGGGCGGCGUCGAGGUUUCCGGAUGGCGGCGUCGAAAAGAGCGGAGGGCAGUGUCGAGGGGAGCGGAGGGCGACGUCGACGGAGCGGAGGCGGUGUCGCUGGGCCGGAAGGCUAGAGAGGAAAUUGGGAAGAAAACCCCAAGAAAAGAAACUUCUCACAACCCCUAAAAAUCCCGCUGAUUUCUACCAAAAAAAAAUCCCGCUACUUACACGACCUGACAGCUAAAUACCCAAAUUUACAAAAAUGCCCCCCACAAUAUUACUCCUUUUGCAGCCGAUAAAAAAAAGAAAGCGAA